UUACAGAAAAUGUCAAGACUCUUGUGUCACAUUGAUUGUUGAUGCGUUCGGGAGCGUUUCUCUAAAGAUGUGUGAUGUACUUUGAACCUGCUGAGUGGAACUAUAAUUCAAAACGCAAUAAAAAUAAUUGUGAUUUACAUCUCUAGUAGCCAGGUUCUUUUUUAGAAUAUUGCAAAAAGGCAGGAAAAUGAUUAAUACAGGGAAGUUGGCCGGUCGCACUAUUUUUAUAACUGGAGCUUCAAGAGGUAUUGGGAAGAGUAUAGCUUUGAAAGCAGCGAAAGAUGGUGCAAAUGUUGUUAUUGCUGCAAAAACUGCUGAACCACAUCCAAAGUUACCGGGUACUAUUUAUACGGCAGCUUCUGAAAUUGAAGCAGCCGGAGGUAAAGCUCUACCUUGUAUUGUGGAUGUACGCGAUGAGAAGCAGGUGAUUGACGCGGUGGAGAAUGCUGUUUCCAAGUUCGGUGGAAUAGACGUUGUUGUGAAUAAUGCUAGCGCUAUUUCUUUAACGGGUACUCUUGCAACCGAAAUGAAAAGAUACGAUCUAAUGAAUAAUAUUAAUGCCAGAGGAACUUUUCUCGUAUCGAAAGUUUGUAUACCAUAUCUAAAGAAAAGUACAAAUCCACAUAUAGUUAAUAUAAGUCCGCCGUUAAACAUGAAACCCAUUUGGUUUCAAAAUCAUGUUGCAUACACAAUGGCUAAAUAUGGAAUGUCUAUGUGCGUUCUUGGAAUGGCAGAAGAAUUUAAACCUGAUGGCAUUGCAGUUAACGCUGUUUGGCCUAAAACAGCUAUAUAUACUGCUGCAAUGGACAUGCUAUUAACCUCAGACUCGAGUAACGUUUCUCGAAAGCCUGAAAUUAUGGCUGAUGCUGUUUAUACAUUGCUUUGUAAAGAUAGCAAAUCCAUUACUGGUCAUUUUCUAAUUGAUGAAGAAAUAUUGAAAAACGAGGGCAUUACUGAUUUUACAGACUACGCGUGUAAUCCAGCAAAUAAGGACAAUUUAAUGCUGGACUUCUUUCUGGAUGGUGCACAUGUUGAUAGUGCUGAUAAAACGAAUAAUGAAGAAAUUGGACGAUUGGCACAUUUAUUUAAUGUUAUCAAUGCAAAUUUAAGUAGUGAACUGGUUGACAAAACUGGUGCUAUAUAUCAAUUCAAUGUAAAAGGAAAGGAAUCUGGUGUAUGGUUCCUUGAUUUGAAAAAUGGGAAGGGCGCUACUGGCAAAGGAGAACCGAGUCAGCCAGCAGAUGCAACUCUUACGAUGGAUUCAGAAAAUUUUUUUGCUAUGUUUUCAGGCAAACUAAAACCAGUUUCUGCAUUCAUGACAGGCAAAUUAAACAUUAGUGGAAAUAUGCAGAAAGCAAUGAAAUUGGAAAAAUUAAUGACUAGUUUAAAAUCCAAACUAUAAAUACAAAGAUUAAAAUACCACAUAUCCUGCAGUAUAUUUUUAAUAUAUUGUAAUAUAUAACACA